ACCUGGUGAUAUUGCGAGUAACAAACUGCCUCCUUUUCUUCCUGCAGCGCAGCAGCUUUCGCAAGGUGGCGGCGCGUGAGACAAAAGGUGGCCUCGACAGCCAAUGAAAUGUGGGGCUUGGGGUGGGGGGUGGCAGCCUGAACAGGUUGCUUCUUUCAAUCGCUUGCAAAGAGCCAGCCGGACGCGUCACUCUCCCCUGGUACUCGCAGAAGACGGCCCACACCUCGCCUGUUGCUGCGGGGCAGCAGGAGAAUUUCCCGUCCAACGCCCCCGUCGCCUUGCCUAUCCGAGGGCUCCCCUGGCGCAGGAGAAAAGGACAUCUGACUCGGGCCGUGGAGAAUGUCCCUCGUAAGGCCGAAGCAGCAGCAGCAGCAGCAACAGCAACAGCUGGGCGCAGAGCCCUGGGGCGCAUCCUGCGGGGCUGGCGCUGUGGACGACAGCCUCACCAACCUGCAGUGGCUGCAGGGCUUCUCCUUCCUCACCGCCAGCCCGGAGAAACCUUCCUCUGCCAGCCUCCUGGGCCACCCGCGCCUCCUGCAGGGCUCCUACGCGCCAGCCAGCCCGCCCGCGGGCGACACAGCGGCCAUGGGAGUGCCCACAGGGAUGGGCAAACCUACCAGCUCCAGCUCCUCCCUGCAGCCCCUUGCCCCCACCCCAGAGGUGGUCGACUACCGGACCAACGGGCAGGUGAAGCCCCCCUACUCCUACGCCACCCUCAUAAGCAUGGCUAUGCGGGCCAGCCCAGAAGCCAAGCUCACUCUCUCGGCCAUCUACGCCUGGAUCACGGAGAACUUCUGCUACUACCGCCACGCAGAGCCCAGCUGGCAGAACUCCAUCCGCCACAACCUGUCCUUGAACAAGUGCUUUCAGAAGGUGGCGCGGCAGAAAGACGAGCCUGGCAAGGGGGGCUUCUGGCGGAUCAACCCCCAGCAUGCAGACAGGUUCGUCGACGGGAUAUUCCGGCGGAGGCGGGUGCCAACCUUUCAGGAAACACCCCUCUUGCCUGCCUCUGGUGCAGAGCUGGGCUGCUUCCGAGGGAGGGGACAUGGCCCCCUGCAAGAGGACCAGGUGCCCCGGCUUCCUGGGCGGCAGCGCCACCUCGGUAAGCUGCCAGGCCAGGGCCCCAGCAAGGCUGCUUGGAGCGGUGCCCGCUCGCCUCUGGCCUCCAUGGGCAGAGAGGGGGUGGCUCUGCCGGGGGACCUCAGCUGGGCGUCUGUGUUGGAGGACACCUUCGUUGGCAGCGGAAGCAGCAUCGAGGACCUGGAGCUGACGGCAGCCCUCAGCUCCCUGGCCGCCGAGGAGGUGGUCCUGGCCUCCGCUGACCAGCCAGCCAGUGCUCUGAGCCAAGAAGGUCCCCCUCCCCCUGUCACAGCCCUGGUGGAAGACUUGACUCUGUAUGCUGAGCCUCUGGGCCAACCGUGGGGGGAGGAGGAAGCAGCCACAGAGCCACCGCUGGGACCCCCCUGGGCCUUUGAGGAGGAGGGCGGCACCUGCUUUGUCGAGGGCUUCCUGGCCGAGAUGCAGCCGUGGGAAGCAUGAGCUCUGCAGGCCCCAAGAGGCAAGGAGAAGAUGCAGCAGAAGCGGAAGUGGCCUUGGUUUGCAGCUGACCUCUGCCAGGGGCGGGCAGCUCUGCCAGAGAGCAGAGGCUGGGGGUGUCCGCCAUAGUGUAUUCCCAAAUGGCAAAGCAGAGCUCCGUUAGCUGGGGACGUCCAGCUUUUUCUGAAACCAGUGAGCAUAUUCUCAGAGGUGCAAGGAUGGGCAAAGUGGGUCUGCCAAAGGGCUGGGGGCCAAGAAACCAGGGGGAAAGGGGGCACUUCUAUUCAGAAGACUUCAAGGCCUCUCCCUCCUUCCCUUCCUGUGCACGCAAAACCAAUUAUCCUUUUUUCCAAAUCAACUUUGGCAGCACAAUGUUUGUAAGUAAAUACAUGCAACUAAUUUUGUCUGAGAGCAGAGUCUGGUUUCUGCUUCAUUGAGCAGCUCCCAUGGCAGGAAAGGGGUUCGGUGAAGGCAUCCUGGCUAGCAGCUAAAAGGCCGGCCAGGAAGAGCAUCGGAGCUCCCUUGGCAAAAUCCCU